UAGAUGAAGCUUUUGCAAUGCGGGCUGCUAAUGAGGAACGCGAGCCUUGUCAGCAUCCGACUUGCGGGUUUGCCUUGUGCAACGCGGAUAAUGAGUUCAGACAAUGAAAGCUGUGAGAAAUCACAGCCCGAUCUGUCGGGAUCCCCCACCCCCAAGGUGAGAGGGGCUGCGGAAAGGAGUCGGGCUGCCGAGCUGCCCCGUUGCUGCAAAGCAACCCAGCAGAAGGGCGAGCCGUGCAGCUCGGUGUGUUGUUGGAUGUGCAGCUCGGUGUGUUGCUGGUGCCGGGUUUAAGGCUGGCUGUGGGGUCCCACUGCGGCUCGUUGUGCUGCUGCUGUCCCAGCGGCUGGAGGAGAGGAGCGUGCCCGUGCCCUGCAAUGAGGGAGCUGACCCAUUAAGUAAUUACUGCCUCGAUACUGUCCCUGCUGCAUGCAAGUCAGCCUGCUCCAGAGGACGGGACCUAUGGGGACACAGCAGGCAGCCGAGCAUUGCAGGUUCCUGUACCUGCACUUGGAAACUCCAAGCAGCUAACGCUGACUACCAACCCCCCAAUGGGACUGGACCCGAGCUCCUGCGCUCCAUAUGGGGAUGAAGGUAGAACCAUGUUACCUGCUACCUAAGAUCUCUGCUGCUGCGGUGGUAGCUGGUGGAUAUGGUCCUGCAGCAGGCGUCGCACAAAGACUCUCAGCUCUGAGCCAGCCCAGGAGAUUUUAGUGGCCACGGACUCCGAUCACCCUGAGCUACAGGGCUGCGGCGCUGGAGAGUUACUAUGCAGCUUGGACUGUUUGUGGUGGUGGUUUUUCUAAGCUCGAUGGAUCUAACAGGCGGCAGCAAAGUGGUGAAGGGCAAGAGGCAAAGGCGAAUUAGCACUGAGCUGAGCCAGGGCUGUGCCAGGGGCUGCGACCUGUGCUCUGAGUUCAAUGGGUGCCUGAGAUGUUCCCCCAAGCUCUUCAUCCUUCUGGAGAGGAACGAUAUCCGACAAAUUGGGAUCUGCCUCCCAUCCUGUCCACUGGGAUACUUCGGCCUUCGCAAUACAGACAUGAACAAGUGCAUCAAAUGCAAAAUCGAGAACUGUGAGUCCUGCUUCAGCCGAAACUUUUGCACAAAAUGUAAGGAAGGUUUGUAUUUGCACAAAGGGAGAUGUUACGUCACGUGCCCUGAAGGCUACUCUGCUGCCAACGGCACCAUGGAGUGCAGCAGUCCUGCACAAUGUGAAAUGAGUGAGUGGGGGCCCUGGGGGCCCUGCUCCAAGAAGAGGAAGCUGUGUGGCUUCAAGAAGGGGAACGAGGAGAGAACGCGGCGGAUCCUACAGGCUCCCUCUGGGGACGUGUCCCUGUGUCCCCCCACCACAGAGGUGCGCAGAUGCACUGUGCAGAAGAGCCAGUGCCCUGAAGGGAAAAGGAAGAAAAAGGACGAGCAAGGAAAGCAAGAUAAUACAAAUGGGAACAGAAAUAGGAAAGACACCAAAGAUACAAAGUCUGGCACCAAGAAGAGGAAGAGCAAACAGAGAGGGGCUGUGGCCCCCACCACAUCCGCCAGCCCUGCCCAAUAGCUGCCCCUUUAACAUCACCUGAUGGCAAGACUUCAUUGCUGCUAUGUAUAUGAAAGCUUUAUUGAACCAGAGCACUGCUACACAACAUUACACAUGUCAGAAAGACAGACCUAUACUCCUAGACUAGACUUGACAGAAGCCACAUCCACAACACUUAAGGAGGCGGUAACCCCAGCACCACGGAUGGCAUCCACUGGGGCAGUGGGACACUGCAGGACCAGAGGUGAGGAUGAACCAAGGAUGGGGGCACGGGGCCUUGGGACAUUUGCCUCGUGCCCAACCAGCCACGGGGACUGGAUUUCUGCUCUUCCAGACUGAGGAACUGGACUCACAUAAAGGCAGUGUCCUUUUUCUCUUCCCCCCCCCCCCCCCCCCAACCCUUUAUUUUGUGUUUUAAGCUGUAUGACUUUAUCAUUGAGAAUAAUACAUGUUAAACGUUUGUGGUAAGAGGUCAGUGGUAUCUGCCCCGAUUCUGCUUCAAAAGAGUUCUUUUGAAUUAAAAGCAAAACGAAACAAAAAUGAGCGAACAAAAAAGGAAAAAGAAAAAAAAAACCCACAAAAAAUACAAAAAAAAAAGAAAAAAUACAAAACCAAGACGACAACCAGCUUCCUGAGUGUGUGGUUCAUGCCUUGGCCCCUAUGGAGGCUGGUGUCCCACAGGACAGAGAUUCACUUGUGGAAGGGAAACUGACAAAAGCUGUAAGAAAAUCCCAGCAAACGCAGCCGGCUGCACUGCAGUCAGAGCUCAGUCUGCUGCCCGCACUGCUCCUUGAGGAAGACUCCAUUCAAGGACCUGGCUUGAGACAAUGAGAGCUAAUAGUAAGCUGCAAAAUGCUGUGACUUUGCUCAUAGUCAAUAGUCAUAGCUCCUACUCUCUGCUCCUGGCCAGGGACAGGCUUGUCCUUUUAUCAUAGCAGGAAGGAAUGAAGGUGGGAGGGGGAAGGCACAGCUCAGGCUCUGCAAAGCAAGUGUUUAAGUUUGAUAGAAACCACCGGUCUCUGUGUCACCAAUGGGAAGAUCCUGGACUCAGCACAAAGGUUUAUGCUCUGCAAGAACAGGCACCAGGCAGAGGAAUCAACCAGGAGGAUGCUGCUCGGUGGGGACCUGGCCAGGCUGCACUGGGCUCAUGCUUCUCACUGCUCUUCUCUGUGUGGGGAGCCUUGCCCUUGGCCAUGUCAUUACAAGGCACAUUGCUCCAUUUCCCUUCUAUUAUAAAACGUGCUUCCUCAAUAUAAAUACUGACCCUUCAUUCCUCUAAAGUUCAGCAAAACCCCUUUUGUUCCAAGGGAUGGAGCCAGGGAAGUGCCACGGUCCCCAGCAAUGUGCUGGAGCUCCUGGCUCUCUGGGAAGGCAAAAGGGGAGGGAAAAGUUCACCCCAGAGCUAAAGCUGAUGAAGCCAAGUCCUGCUGCCCUUGUUUUGCACCACCUCUGCCUUGUGUGGAGGUGGGUGCCUCCCCACCAGGUCCCGGUGCUUUGGCUUAGCUCAGAAUGUGGGAGCUACAUAGUUGUUCCAGCUCCAGGGCUGUACCAAGCUCUCCGUGACUGCUCCACUGGCAGCAAAACCUUUCAGCCCAUCAUCCACUUUGUGUUUAAGUAAACAAGAAGCCGUUAUAUCUUUUAAAGGGGAUUCCAUUUCAGCACAAUGAUAAACGAGCAGCAUACCAAGCAGAGAGAGAGAGGUUCUUAAAGUCAUCCCUUGAGUUGUUUAUGGAUUGUGUUCAGACAAUUCCUGAAGGCCUCCCAGCUGAAAGAUCAGACCUCAUUUUGCUCUCUAGCCCCAGCUAGCCUGUGAAAUAAGUAUUUUGUUUGCAACCUGGCACUGCGUGUAAGCAAAAUUGCUUUUCCCUUCCGCUUUUCAGCAGCGAUAGUCAGUAACCCUUUCACAAACCUCAGCUUGCUAAUUCAGGAGCACUUCUUCCUUCCCUCCUGCUUCAGUAUCUCAAUCCAGUUCUCAACAAGGACUAAAGAGAAGAGAGAGUGCAUCUGAAACACCAAGGCUCUGUUAACCGACUGCAUUCCCUACAGUAACUCAUGGCAAUAUUAGCACAGAUAAUAUUGUUUAUGAUUGCAUAUCAUAAAUCCACACAACACAUCUUGCAGGAAAACUGAAGAACUUCUUUCUGUUGCACCCUUUUCCCUUUUCUUCUCUCUGUUCCCCCACCCUCCCAUAACAAAAUGGGAAGGGAAAGAAAGGCAAAGGAAAGUUUAAUACGUUGUAUUAGGAAAAUCAGCAUUUUUCAGUAUGGAUGGUUGGAAAUGAAAUUUAGAAAGCUUAGAAGGGAAAUAUGAAAAGUCAAAUUUCUUUAGUUUUUACAUCAGCUUAAACAUUGUGCUUCUUCCCACUCUCGGAGAGCUGGUUCAUUGAAGAGCUUAGUAACAUUUUACCUCUGACCCACGUGGUUUGCACGCUGAGCUCAAUAGUCCAAACCAGAGACUGCCUUAGGUUGAUGUCAUCUCAACUCACACGCACACGACUGCUCUCUUUCAGUCCAUCAAAUAAUACCUGUUGUGGUGUUCUCUCUGUGGCAUCACUGUAAAAUAUGCUUCUUUAAACACAUAAUAAAUAAAUGGGUUUGCUGAACAAGCUCUGUUUGCUUUAUUCACCCCAACUGGGGUCAAAUCCCUAACAGUCGAAAAUAGCUUGAAAGUGGGAUUGAGAAGGUCUCUCCUCAAGUAAUCUGCCCAUCCACAUCCAUCCAGAAGCCAAAUGUACCCAUGGAUUCUGUGGAUUCUGCAUGUAUCCAUGUUCCACACUUUGACCACCUCCUUGCAGCACUGGAGAAAUAGUUCUUAGAUGUACAGACAGACAGACUGACCCUUUGUGAGAAAUGACUUUGUAUAGAAAAGAUCUUCAUUCAUACCCUUGAACUCAAAAACUGUAGGAGAGUUGCUAGGCAGUUUACUGAGCUUUGGGUUGCUUCUUCUUAAAUAACAGGGAAUGAAGGGCAGGGGCAAUGCAUUAACAGCUUGCAGCCACACUUUUGGAACUGUUUCAUUUCCAUCUCAUUUGCCAAGAUUUAGGAGCUGUGGCAGACAAAUUGCACCAAACACAGGUUGGCUGUAUUAUGGUCUUAUUCUGUGUAAAGCAGGAUUUUUUCACUAGCUACAGUCAAGUUAUGAGUGCACACCUACCCCCCAAACAACGAUUUACUACCUUUCCACUCCUGAGGCAAUGUAUACACUUCUUAGUCCGUGUUUAUGUUAAAACCAUUUCUCACUCAGAAGAAAUCUCAGCUUUGAUGAAAGGAAAUGUAGUAGGAUGUUGAAACACCAUCUGAAAACAUUAAGCAAAAAAACAACAAGAAAAAA